GGCUGACCAAUAUCUGGCAACCUUAGAACUUGUCGGCAAAACGUCGGGCACGCGUUUGGCGCUUUUCUGUUUGUUUUCCCGAGCUAGCGUGGCUUUCUCACGAAUUCUUCAAAAUGACGACGGUUACGGUGGAAAUGUUAUACAAGAGUUUUGGCGUGUUAGCAGAUGCAAAAGACAAAGCUUCUGAGCAUGUAGAUUGCUAUGAGACAAUUUUAAAAGGCGUACAGGGAAACCAAUCUGCGAAAAGAUUAUCAGCGCAGUUUAUUUCAAGAUUUUUCCGAUAUUUUAAAGACAAAUCGGAAGAUUCCCUCAAUGCUAUCAUGGAUUUAUGUGAAGAUGACGACUCUUCAAUCAGGCGAGCUGCUAUUAAAGAAAUACCCAACAUAUGCAAGUAUGAUCCUCUUCAAAUCCAGCGGCUGGCUGACGUCCUUGUGCAACUGACCCAGACAGAUGAUAACAGUGAAUUGAGCUCUGUUAAUAUUGCGCUUGUUGCUCUGUUCGAACUCGACGCAAGGGAUACAUUGAAAGGUCUUUUCUCUCAAAUUCAGCAAGGUGAGGAUGUUAUCCGGGAACGUGCUAUCGGGUUUUUAUGCAACAAGCUGAAAACAUUCUCCGAAUCUGUCAUGACAAAAGACGUUGAGGAAUAUGUGUUGACCGAAACGAAAAAGAUAAUGGAGGACGUCACUGGUGACGAAUUUCAACAACUUAUCAAAGUCAUUUCAUCAUUGAGUCACCUUCAAACGUUCCAAGGUCGUCAACAAAUUCUGACCAUUAUUAUCGAAAAAAUUACAGAUGAUGAAUUCAGCGCUUCAGAUGAAGAUUCCGUCAGCAAAAUCAUUCAGUGUAUGAAAAUCGCUCAACCGUUAUAUUCAAAGAACGUUCAUUCGUCGUUAUUUGUUAAAUAUGUUUGCGAAAACAUCGUUCCGAAGUUGAAAGAUAUUCAAGUCGAAGAGGAGAAGAAAGAAGAUCGGCGUUUGGAAAUUAUCAAGUUUUUAGCCGAAAUGUCACCGUUUAUUGGCGAUGGGUCAAAGGUUAUCAGUUCUAUUGAACCGUUGUACAAAGUUCUCAUUGAAUACAUGCCGUUGCCACCAGAGGGAGAUGAUGAAAAUUCAACAACACCUGGGGACCCUACCCUUAAUUUCUCAUAUGUUGAGUGUCUUUUGUACGCCUUUUACCAGUUAACUUCAAAAAAUCCAGAUUUUCUCACAAACGAAGAGGUAGAGGAACGACUCAAAGAUUUCCGCAAGCGUUUGCAAUAUUUUGCAAGAGGAUUGGCACUCUACAUCAAGCAGUUACGUAUGGCUCUUCAAGGAAAAACACGCGAACAACUGAAAUCAGAACCGCAAAGCAAGCUAAAAGUUGUUGCUCUUAAAACUUGCAACAAUAUCAACACUCUGGUAAAAGAUCUGUUCCACAAUCCCCCAUCUUACAAAUCCUCGAUCAAUUUAUCUUGGAAACCUGCAACAACAGAAGCCGACCCAAAACAAGCUCAAAAACGACCUGCCAGCACCCCUUCUGCUACAAACGGGGACCAGAAACGUACCGGAAAAGGGGAUCGACAGCUUUAUCGCACUCCUGGUGGGAAAUACAGCUCUGGAAUGGAGGGGGGAAGGGGCAGAGAUGGAGGGGGUUUCAGAAGACGUGGGGGAGGCAGUGGAAGAAGAUACCGUUGAAAUGCUCAACUUGAAAGCGUCAGCAGAAAAGCUUGAAUUUUGGUGAUAAAUGACACGUUUUUUUUAAACUGUUUUGCAUUUCUAGAAAGCGGUAGCGCUAUUUCACAAGCUCGAUUUUUGGUGAUAGAUAUUGCUAUUUUCCAAAAUUUCAUUAGUUAUGCUGAUCUUGUCGCAUUGUCUGUCAUAAUCGGAAAAAUUUGAGUUUUUAUUUCAUAAGAAAAACAGUUAAAAAUUUAAUAGGCUAAUAGGUGACACAAUCUAAUGAGUGAAUGCGCAUAAUGUACUAUCAUACUUCUCUAUAGAAUCAGUAGCUUUGUUACUUGAGUGAUCUUUGCUGGCAGAUGCGUUAUAUUCACUUAUGAGUGAGUGCACACGAUAAAAUGGGCCACUUUCAUUUCUGACUGAGAAAUUGUGUGUGGUUUCAUUUAUUGAUUUUGAGUGAAUUCCCGCAAUAUUUAACCAUGAAGUUCGCUAUCCCAUAUGAAAAGUGCAAGUUUGGGUUUGAUUUGCAAAAUGAUUUGCUGAUUAUUGCUGACGAUAUACAGUUCUCAUAUGCGAUAUCUUUAUAUAAUUGCCGCCAAUGUUGUACUGACUAGUUCUAACUAUAUAUUAAGAUUAGGAAACGUUCUGUGGCAUAUUUCAGUCUGUUUUUCUAGUGUGUUUGAUAUGUUGAUCUAUGGCAGUGUUCUCCAACCUAUGGGCCGCGACUCAAAGCUGGGUCGCCUGAAAAUCUUCUUGAGUCGCUUAAUUUUUAGAUAAAAUUUCAUAGCAGCGUAAAUUUGAAAUAUAGCUUAUACCGUCUUGAGGGGAUAUUUUGCAUACUUGUCUGAAUGUCCUUGACAACUGGUUUGAAUGAACUUCUCCUUUUUAAUAGUAAUUUUAUAAAUUAAUGAAUUAGAAAACACUGUUUUAUGUGCCUCAUAUUUCUUAUUUUACAUGGAUGUUUUGCUGAAAUUUUUUUGACUGAAUGCAUUGUGACUGUAUAUUGUUAUUCAAAAUUUAAUAGCCAAUUGUUGAACAAGGACACAAGUAUGCCGGCUCUUCGGCUUGUGCCAGUUCAACCCCAGUGUGCCAUUGUACUCGAAAGAUAUUUCAGAAAUUUGGCAGCGGAUGCCAGGCCAAAAAAAAAAUUUCAGUUUGUCUGACUAAAUGUGUGUGGACUUGUGUGUGUGUGGAAUAUCCUGGAUUUUUGUCUUUUAGAACCUCAAGACUUGAAAUCCCAUGUUUUUUCGCCUCAGACGGACCGGACUGCUGUUACAAUCCAACUUGGGGAUUACAAAUUUCAGAACAUUUCGAAAAUUUCUGGCGCCUCUGCCACCGAACACCCUAGCUACUCAAAUAAACUGCUUGUAUGUUAUGAAUACCCAUAGUAAAUCCAAAUACAUGGAAUUUCAGCAUCGAAAAAAAAGACAAAAAAUUUAAAUUAUAAUUUUUACUUGAGCUUCCUAUUUUACCAAAAGUUUUUCAAUUUAGAUUCUGAUGUCUGUCAAAAAAAUCUGCUCUGCUGUUUGUCUGCCCGACUUUAUUUUGUUUGGGACUUGUGUGUGUGUGUGUGGUUAUAUUCUGUGUCCCUGUCUAUGAUUUCAACCCUAGCCCUCUGAUCUUUCCUAGCUACCUAAAUAAGCCGGUUGUAUCUUAGCAUUGUACGCGCGCAUGAAAAAAAAUAAAAUUCAUAUUUUAAGUCUUUUGCCGACUUCUUGCUUUGAGCUAAUUACCCACUAAGUUUUCAUAAUACAGAUCCUGAUGUCAAGAAAACUGGUCUUCCCAACAUGCUACUUAUACAUCUGAGUACAGAGUAAAACACAUCUCGAAAAAUAAAGAGAAUGAUUUUUUCGUUUACGUCAUUUUGUCACCAAUGUUCAAGCUGAUUUGCUGGCGUUUUCUGGAUGAUUUUGAUGAUGAUUAUCAACAUUUAAAGGCGGACAAUUUUAUAAAGAACAAUUUUUAUCUCGUGUAAUUCGUGCUGUAAUAUUUGUUAACUGUUUCAUAAGACAUUUCUUGCUCUAAUAUGCCCUCUCGCGGAUUAUUUCUUGACAUGGCAGUUUAUUAAAUAACUUGAGUAUGGCGAUUGCUUUUGUUAAGAUAAACAAAAGAGCUAUACUGAAAUAUUUGGACAGUAUUUAAUUAGACCAUCUUCGAGAACUGAAAAUUAGUUGCAAAGAAAAGUGAUCUUUCACAACAAUUUAGUAAAAUAAUUCAUACAUGCCAGUUUUUUUUUUUCAAUUUCACUUUGAUUUUGUGUAAUUUUUAUGAAAAUUGAAAGUGAUUUUUUAUUUAUUAAAUGAUAAUUCUUAUGUAUCGGGAUUUAUGUGGGUUAUUUAAAAGUGUAUCCAUGUAAAAAUUAGAAAUUGACAUUUGGAUAACUAGCUUUUUGUGUUUUGUAUAAGAAUGUUAGUUCUGAAGUUUCAUAAGGAAUAUUUCAAAUUGAAUUGAUAUACUGCUUCAUGCUUAAAAUCGAGGAAUUUUUAUUCGACAGUAUUUUCAGCGCUGCAGCAAUCUGAAUCAUAAACUAUUCAUACUAGUUAAAUGCUGCAUACCAAAUGUCAAAUAUAUAAUCUCAAAGUUUGGACUCCAUAUUGCAGACUUAUGGCCAUCUUUAUAGAAUUGUGUCUCUUAGAUGUGAUUUUGUUAGUGUAUCUAAAUUGAAAUGUCGUUUCAUAUGUGGAAUUGUGGAAUUUUUACUCAAAUUUUGUUACAUAUUUGGGCUCUUUCAGUGAUGUAUUUUCAUUAUAAAACUAUCUACACUAGUUAUAUGCUUCACUUCAGGUCAAAAUAUUCGGCUUUUGUAUUGUGUGUCUGUGACUAAGCGAUUUUUUUGUGAAAUGGUUUUCUAGCUUCAGUCAAUUUUCUCAUUUCUGAGUGACCAUCUUUGUGAAAUAGUAUGUACCAGUACUUUGCUCUAAUUAAUUAGAAAAUGAAAACUGUUUUAUAUGUGAAAUUAGUCUAAGUUUGAUUCGAAAGUUUUUUUUGAAAUUGUAACUAUCUUUAAUAUUCAUAAUUUCACUUGAUAGCAGAUUUUGGGGCUUGCAUAUUCAAAUUGAAAAAUUUUGAUCAAAUGGUACAUAUUGUGCAUAGUUGAUUCUUCCAGUUUUUUCACUUAUUCAUGAUGUUUAUUCCUGACUAGUUUUUUAAUAAAUAAUUUGACAAGUCUUCGCUGAAAAUGUUAUUAUGAUUUAAUACAAAGCAAUAAUUGUCCAAUAUCCAGUGAUUGUCAGUCAUUUUGAGCCAUUGCUUGGAUAAAGCUAAAUUUAUGGAAUGUACUGCUUUCGUGUUUAAUGGUGAUUUUUCUCCACUCAGUAGAAUUGUAUUUUAUACUCAACAGGAUAGUUUGAGAACAUAAAAAAGGGAAAUUGGAAAUUUCGCUGUUGCAAAUUAUACUUUUUUUCAGUGCUGCAAAUAUUACGUUUUAUAAACAGCACCAAAGGGAAUCUUUUUUGAAUUAAAUAGCAUAAAGUGUAAAUAGUAUAUUUGGAAUGCCGUUUUCUUGUUUAUUUGCUAGGGCGCCUAAUUUUUCUUCAAAAUAGUGUAUGUAGCAACUCGGUGUUUUGGGUACCCUGUUUAGUAAUAAAAGUGUGACUCAAUUGUUAGUCCAAUCAUUGUAAACAAGCAUAGCAUUAUAGUUUAAUACUUGAAUUUAAUGCCUUAGCUAACAUGUAGCUGUGAAAAGCGUGACCCCAUAUUUUGUCCAAUUAUUCUUGAUAAGAUAGCAUCAUAAUUUUAUACUGAAAAAUAUGUCAUCGACUUUAAUGCUUCAUGUGCUAUGUGUAGUAGAAGUAGAUGAUUCUGACUUCAUUUUUUGUCCAAAUAUUUUGCGACAAAUGUAGCAACAUAAUUAUUUAAUUAUGUCUAUUAGAGCUCGAAACUAUGUGAAAUACAUGUUUUUUCGCACCCUGUGUAGCAGAUAAAGUGUGACUUCAUUUUUUGUCUUAGUAAUAUUGACACGUGUUUUCUUCUGAGUGAUGCCUCGAACUGACAGUGAUUCUUACAGCUGGUUGAUUCAAUAGGCAUUUAUAAUUUAAACUCAGCAACACUGUAUCUUGCCUUGACUUUUGGUAAAGCUGUGGAUUAUUUUUUAAAUUGGAAUAAAUUUGUACAAAUCCGU